GCACAGUAGCUGCAUCAGUCUGUCAGUCAGGCAGCCUUGGGCAAUCAACACAGGACAGUCGCCUGGCGCCCAUGCGGGCCCGGUUGGCAAAGCGUGCGUAUCGUACAAGACACUGACGGGGUACGAGACUGCAGCGGUGCCCCUCCUGAACACAGGCAGCUGGCUGCGUCCACGUCCACUUCUCCAGUGCUAUACCCGCAAUCAAGCAACACUCGUCCUAUUCUAUUCCAUCCUAUCCAAUCCCCAUCCGUCCUAUCCAAUCCGUUCAUCCUCGACCCCCCCGCCCAUUACAAGACUGGCUAUAGUAAAGAUACCGCCCGCCGUCGUACCCGGUUCAGAACGCCCAUAAACAUACGUGCUCUGGUACAGUCACUUUCUCCCCAGGUGUAGACUGAUUCGCUCGCUGCGGAUCCAAAGUUUCGAUCACAUCAGAAAGGACACCAAUCAUGUCAGCCAAGGAUUACUACGGUGGCGGCGGACAGCCGCAGGGUGGAAACCCACAGGGCGGAUACCCGCAGCAGGGAUAUGGAGCCGGAUACCCGCAACAGGGCUACGGCCAGCCGCAGCAGGGAGGCUACUACCCACCACCGCCACAGCAGGCCUACGGCGCGCCGCCGCCCGGCCAGCAGGGCGGCUACUACCCGAACCCGCAGCCGCAGCCAGUGUACGUGCAGCCGCAGUCUAAGAAGGGUGGCGGAGGUGGCGCAGGAAUGGGCUGUAUGGCGUGCUGCGCCGGUAUGCUGGCUUGCUGCUGUCUCGAGGAUCUCUGCUUGGACUGCAUAUUCUAAGCGUCCACCUCGACCUCGACCCCUCUUCUUCCCACCUUCACACGCACGGCACAUGUACAUGGCGCGUACACAGACGCCAGAAGACAGCAGCGUGUGGUGGCAAGGUAUAGAAUGACGAGCGAGCACGCCCAGGGCCGCGUCAUCUGUGCGUAGGACUGCUCUCAGCCUUUGUGAUGCUCUCCUGCCCAUUUCGAUCCCGAUGAUGCAUACCGCUCGCUAUUUGUUUAAAGAACCAAACACAGGCGCUCCAGAAAACUCAACAGUACACCCGUCGCCCUUUCCCGCUUUUUCCUGCGCGCAACAUUUCCAAGCACGCAGCGAGAUUGUUACCAGCUCUCUCGCGGUUGCGCACCUCUUCUUGCUUCGUAGUCUCCCCGCUCCGUGCCUAAACGCUUGAUCGAACGAACGACUGAAUGAACAGUGGAUGUACGGGAGGUGGUGAUGAAUACAUGAUACAUGCAUGAUG